AUGUCGCCUGUAACAGGUAGUUCAACAAAAAAAACAACCACAGCUAAGACGACGACAACAAAAACGUCUUCAUCAACAGGUAAAACAACAGGUGGUGCACCUAAAAAAGGCAAAAAGAAAAUAGCCUCUGCACCACUUAAAUCAAAAACUGAAACAAAAAAACUUGUCAAUCCAUUAUAUGAAAAACGACCCAAGAAUUUUGGUAUUGGUCAAGAUAUUCAACCAAAACGUGAUUUAACACGUUUUGUUAAAUGGCCACAAUAUAUUCGUGUUCAACGUCAACGUAGUAUUUUACUUAAACGUUUGAAAGUACCACCACCAAUUAAUCAAUUUACACAAACACUUGAUAAACAAACAUCAACACAAUUAUUUAAAUUACUUGAAAAAUAUCGUCCGGAAACACGUGCUGAAAAAAAACUUCGUUUAAAACAACGUGCCGAAGAUCAAGCAAAAACCGGUAAACCAGAUAAACCAACUAAACGACCACAUGGUAUUCGUAGUGGAAUGAAUGCUGUUACAUCAUUAGUUGAAAAAAAGAAAGCACAAUUGGUUCUUAUUGCUCAUGAUGUUGAACCAAUUGAACUUGUUCUUCAUUUACCAACAUUAUGUCGUAAAAUGGGUGUUCCAUAUUGUAUUGUUAAAGGCAAAGCACGUCUUGGUCGUCUUGUUCAUUUGAAAACUUGUUCAUCAAUUGCUUUAACUGAUGUUAAUGCUGAAGAUAAAUCUGGUUUAAAUAAACUUAUUGACGCUAUUAAAACUAAUUUUAAUGAUCGUUAUGAUGAAUUACGUCGUCAUUGGGGUGGUGGUGUUUUAGGUAAUAAAUCUCAAGCACGUAUUAAUCGACUUGAACGUCUUAAAGCUCGUGAAGCAGCACAUCAAAGAAAUGCUUAA